AUGAAGAGCGCUCCAUCCACCCAUCACUUGAGCGCGCAGAGGAGCGCGCCCUGCCCUUGUCCCCCGGCCCCUGCUGCUCGCCCGGCCCGGGCUGCCUCUGCUCUCCAGGCUGCCUCUGCUCUCCAGGCCCGCCCAGCCCGCAUAGCAGAAGCGGUCGCGGCCGCCGCCACCGCCGCCGCCGAAGCAGUACGGGAAGCAGCAGCAACAGUAGCAGUAGCAGCAGCGACACCACCUCCUGCGCCGCCAGCCCCCGCUCCCGCUCCCGCGCCGGAGCCCGAGGGCGCGCCUGAGCCUGCCCCAGUGCCAGAGCGCCAGCACGCGGAGGGCGCCUGGGCCGUCAUCGGAGUGAUACUCAACUACAUGGGCAUCAAUCGUCGCCAGUAA